CUCAGAUCGUCAGUCUGUUUAGUCGAACCGCAGCAUUCGCUCCUACGACGUCAGCUGCUCGGACUUUAGUUGAGAUUUCAAUUUGUUUCUUUCUCCCUAAGUUUUUUCAACCCUAAACCGUAAUCAUGUCCGACGAUGAAGAGUACACCAGCUCCGAGGAGGAGGAGGUUGUCGAGGAGACCCGCGAGGAGACAAAACCACCUCAGACACCAGCCGAAGGAGAGGGCGACCCAGAGUUCAUCAAGCGUCAGGACCAGAAGCGCUCCGACCUCGAUGAGCAGCUGAAAGAAUACAUCAGCGAGUGGCGCAAACAGAGAUCCAAGGAGGAGGAUGAGCUGAAGAAGCUGAAGGAGAAGCAGGCCAAGCGCAAGAUCUCGCGUGCCGAGGAGGAGCAGAAGAUGGCUCAGCGCAAGAAGGAGGAGGAGGAGCGCCGCGUCCGCGAGGCUGAGGAGAAGAAGCAGCGCGAGAUCGAGGAGAAGCGCAUGCGUCUCGAGGAGGCCGAGAAGAAGCGUCAGGCCAUGUUGCAGGCCAUGAAGGACAAGGACAAGAAGGGACCCAACUUCACCAUUGCCAAAAAGGAGGCAGGCGUGUUGGGACUCUCGUCCGCCGCCAUGGAACGCAACAAGACUAAGGAACAAUUGGAGGAGGAGAAGAAGAUCUCGCUGUCGUUCCGCAUCAAGCCCUUGGCCAUCGAAGGAUUCGGCGAGGCCAAGCUGCGCGAGAAGGCCCAGGAGCUGUGGGAGCUCAUCGUUAAAUUGGAAACUGAGAAGUAUGACUUGGAAGAAAGGCAGAAACGUCAGGACUACGAUUUGAAAGAGCUGAAGGAAAGACAGAAGCAACAGCUCAGGCACAAAGCCUUGAAGAAGGGUCUCGACCCGGAAGCUUUGACUGGCAAAUACCCGCCCAAGAUUCAAGUCGCCUCCAAAUAUGAGCGACGUGUGGAUACACGCUCAUACGACGACAAGAAGAAGCUCUUCGAGGGUGGCUGGGAUGAGAUCUCCAAGGACUCGAACGAGAAGAUCUGGAACGAGAAGAAGGAGCAAUACACCGGCCGUCAAAAAUCCAAACUGCCAAAGUGGUUCGGCGAGCGACCAGGCAAGAAGGCCGGUGAGCCCGAGACACCCGAGGGUGAGGAGGAUGCCAAGGCCGAUGAGGACAUCGUUGAGGAUGAUGAGGAGGUCGAGGAGGAGGUCGCCGAGGAGGAGGAAGAGGAGGCCGAGGAGGAUGAGGAGGAAGAGGAGGAGGAAGAGGAGGAGGAAGAGGAAGAGGAGGAGGAAGAGGAGGAGGAAGAGGAGGAGGAGGAGGAGGAGGAAUAGACCAGUCCACUAUCCGCCACAAUCCACCGUGUGGGCCAUGGCCAAACGGCCAAUGGACCCAACCACCACGCGAGCUCUCUCUUUCCUUCACAACUUUUUCGUAAAAACAAACACUACAUUUAAAUACCAAAGCCAAAACAUUUUAAUAAAAGUAAAAGAAUGAACUAAAUAGUUAUGAUGAUAUCUUAGCUUAUUCGCCCAACAUCAACAACAAAUACUUGCUAUUCAAAAAAACCAAAUUGAACUUCUUUUCUAUUGAACUUAUCGAAUUGAAACCCAAGAAAUGUACGAUUUCUUUCAAAUAAAACAUUAAAUAACAACACCAA